AUGGCCAAUUCCCUUGUGGAGCACCACAAAAACCAUCUCCAUCAAGUGGAUGUUCUCGGGACAUUCUACGAUAUUAUCUCUCUCUCGAAAGCCUUGCCAGCAUUUACGAACCUGAAGUCAGUUACCAUCUCUACUUUCGAUGGCUCUUUUGAACUCCCCCCACCGCUCGGAGUUGCGGAAGCGACAACACGUGCCUUUUGGGCUGUCAUAAAGGCACUCAACAACUGCGCGUAUCAGAUUGAAUCAUUCAGUGUCGAUUCGGUCUCCAAAUUAAGCAUUCCAUCAUCGAAGCUGGCACAGAUUCACGAAGUAUUUGAAGGCUUGACUCAUCUUUCGAUUAGAAUAUAUGGACAGCUGAGCUAUAACUUCCAAGGGGGCAUUCUCGCUAGAACACGCCAGCUACAGACCUUACGGUUAGGUUCAGACGGCCGCGCAUCCUGUGAAUGGCAAGAUAUCCUUAGGGAUCGAAUAGGCCCUGGGUUUCUCUACUGGCCUCACUUAAAGGUUCUGGAAAUGGACGGGGGAGUAUCAGUUCGGGUUACGAUUCAACAGAAAGGAUUGGUCAAAUUCCUAACAGCGCACCGAAAUACCUUGACUGAUUUGUCAAUUAAACGGUUUAUUCUUAGAGAUAUUUAUACGACUGGCCAAACAAUGUCAUCUGAAUGGUGCUUCGUCAUUGAAAGAUUGAAGACUUUUCCGGUAUUGAGAAAGUUGGUUUUGAGAGAAUUGGGGGAAUUCGUGGUCGCGGAUCGCGACUGUAAGUGGACUGAGGAGGAACAGCUUUUGGAAUGGGAAAAUUUGGUUACAAAGAAACAAGGAUAG